AUGAAGUGGCGGGAAUACCCCGACUACGAGAACUCGUGGGAGUUUGAGGUGCCACUUUGGCAAGACUGCCCAGAAGUCGUAGACGCUUAUGAUCAGAAGGAUUAUGACGCUCCGCGCUUCUCGGCAGUAGCCCGGAAGCCGGAGGGCCAUGAGCUGAGCUCAAGUUAUAUCCCUGGGCUGCUGUGGUUGCAGACUCACCCGUGUCAGUUUUCACAGAGCUCGUGGGAGCGUGAUGGAAUUCGAUUUUUUUUAUUAAAAAAGGCAGAAUACGACUUAAUUUGCCAACUAAGGAGCUUUCGUGAGGCGGCGAGACAUGAUACUCUACAGGUUGUUUUAGAACGCGUUUGGACAUCUAACGCCAUGACAAUCCGGCUGCAGCCGUCGACGUAUUGA